CUCAGCAAACUCCUGACGUCCUGCUCCGGCUCCGUUUCGGUUCCCGGAGUGGCCUCAGAGACAGACGGGACUGACACACGGCCGGCAGGGGACUGAAGCACACCGGACCGGCAGGGGAGAGGGACCGCAAGGGGCGUUGGGGUCUCAGCGGACUCCUUGCAGCUCUUCCAGCGAGUGAGGGAGUGAAUGUCAGUCGCCAUCAUGCCAUCCUCCUCCCCUGAGGAGUCCUCCCUUCUUGCCAGUCCCAACGCCACAACCCCAGCCAACAGCAGCACGGGAGAAAACCAGUUCUUCCAUGCUUUCUUACUUUUGGACAAGGAGUUGCACGACAGCUUUCCCAGCCUGUGGGUGGCCCUGCUGGCUGUCAAUGGGACCAUCUUCCUAGUCGGUGUGGCACUCAAUGGCCUAGCCCUCUAUGUCUUCUGCUUCCGCACGAAGACCAAGACCACCUCCAUCAUCUACACCAUCAACCUGGUGGUGACAGACCUGCUGGUGGGCCUGUCGCUGCCCACGAGGUUCAUCAUCUACUAUGUGGCUCGAGACUGCCUCAAGUGCUCUCUUGUGCAUGUCUUCAGCUACUUUGUCAACAUGUAUUGCUCCAUCCUCUUCCUCACCUGCAUCUGUGUGGACCGUUACCUAGCCAUCGUCCAGCUGGAGGCCUCGAGGAAAUGGAGGAACCCCAGCUGUACCAAAGGCAUCUGUGUCUUCAUCUGGGUCUUUGCUGUGGUAGUGACCUUCUCCAUCCUUUCUGUAGCAGUCCAGGGAGGCUCCUGCUGCCGCCUCUUUGCCUUGACAGUCUUUGAAUACUUCCUGCCUCUGGUGGUCAUCACCUUUUUCACAGGGAGGAUUAUGUGUGCGCUGUCCAAGCCCAACCUCAUGCAUCAGAGCCGCGAGCGGCGAAUGCGUGCUGUGCAGCUGCUCCUUACUGUGCUCGUCAUCUUUCUGGUAUGCUUCACACCAUUUCAUGCCCACCAGCUGGCCGUCUCUCUGCGUCCCCAAGCCAUCCCCAAAGAAGCGGAUCUCGUGGCCUACCAUGUCACCAUCACCCUCAGCAGCCUCAAUAGUUGCAUGGAUCCCAUCGUCUACUGCUUUGUGACCAACAGCUUCCAGGCCACUGUGCGGGGCCUCUUUCACAGGAGCGAGCCAGAGCAGACCAGUGGGGAGGUCAUCAGCAUGCACAAGACCUCCAAGGGCUCCAUCCACAACGCCGUCGUUCCCUGCUCCCGAGCUUUGGCCGACGGGCCCCAAGUGUAAUCGGGGGGCUAGAGCAUCGUAGGAGAGCCCAAGACCAUGAAUGAGGUGUCGUAGAAAAAGUCCUGAAAUUGCAGUCACAGACCUUGACUUCUCAGUCUGCUCCUGACUACCUGUGUGACCUUAGUCAAGUUUCCGCUUAUCUAGAGAUGAAAAGUUUCCUCAUUUGUGAAAUAAAAGGUUGACCCAGACAAACUCUAAGCUCAUGUUAAAACUCAGAUAUGCUCUUCCCAACUCAGGAGCCUGUGACCCUACUUGGACUCUGAUGACACCCUAAGGAUGGUUCCAGGGUGGGGCACCCACCUAUAUUCCACCUCUGCCUCCAUGUGUGACCUCGGACAAGUCCCUUCAGCUAUCUGGGCCUUGGUUUCCUCAUCUAUCAAAUGGGGAUAAUAAUGCCUGACCUUCCUACCUCAUAGGGGAGUAGAGAGGGUGAGAGCAACCUGUGAUAACUAAGGUCAUCAGAUACUUAGAGACACAUCUGGCCAGGGCAAAUGGACAUGGGAUGUAGCUGCUUAAUCCUAUUCUUAAGAGUGUUUCCUGGGGACCCAGUAGUUAGCAAAUAUCUCUUUAGUUCUGGGCAUUCCCUACUUGGUUAAUCAGUUUCUAGGGACAGUCUCCCUAUGGCCUCAUAGGCCUUGGGCACAAGAAAGGGAGAAUGGGGGGGGGGAAGGUAGAGGAAGUGUGAAGAAGAGAAAGGAGUUGAAUCCAAGUAAGAAGAGAGCAAACAAAAGAAAAACAGAUGCAUCAAAUGGAGAGGGAUAGAAAAGGUCACUUCAGGGUGAAUAUAUAAAAAAUGUUCCCUGUGCCUCAUAUUGGCACAGGACUUGAAGCUUUUCAAAAAUACUUUCCCAUCUAGUCUAUCAUCUGAGCUUUAUAACAGGCUGGGAGGGUGACAGGAAAAGGACCCUGUCUAGGGCUUAGCACAGUGCCAGGAACAUAGUAAGUCCUUAAUAAAUGCUCAUUGUUACCAAUGAUGACAAUCGUCCCCAUUUUUUUUAGAAGAGGAAACUGAGAUGCAGAGAAUUGGUCUGCCCAAGGUCACAGAUCUCCUGGCUCCCAACCAAGAGAUCCUUCUACUAAACAUGGUCACCUCCCUUCAUCCUAUGCAUGAGCUUCCAAUUGGGGCUGUCCUGCCUGAUGAUGGUAGCCCUCAGACUGGGUCUCCUAUGUAUGUCUCCUCUACCCACCCAAAUAAAAAGAGGGAAGACCCUGAGGGAAUUCCAGGUAGGGUCUCCAGAUAGAACUUCUGACUUACCUCCACCUGCUUGGUGUGCAGAGGAUCUUAGAGCCAGCAGGUACACUGUACUCAACCGGGGGAGCUUCACCUAUACUGAUGGUAAGGUCUCAGCCCAGAAAGUGAUCAAGAAACUGCUCAACCCGGAUCUGAGACAUCUCUUUUGUAUAAGUGUAUAAGUAUAAGUGGAGGGCACUUUGGAAGGGAGGAGGAGGCCUCCUUCCCAAAUAUGGCCUUUGAGCUGUAGCUUAGAUAGGCCAUGUCUUAGAUAGCAUGGAAGCAGUAUAGUAGAUAGAGUCCUGCAUCUGGAGUCCGAAAGAUCUGAGUUCAAAUCCUGCCUCAAACAUUAGCUGUAU